CGCCCCCCCUUGAGAAGAGAAGCCGCAGCCCCUGCGGGACGGGGGCCUGCGUCGCUAUGGGUUCCACCACUGCCCCAGACGGAGCGAUCGGCUACGUCCGCGAAUUCACCCGCCACUCCUCCGACGUGCUGGGCAAUUUGAACGAGCUGCGCCUGCGCGGGAUCCUCACUGACGUCACGCUGCUGGUUGGCGGGCAACCCCUUCGAGCACACAAGGCCGUUCUUAUCGCCUGCAGUGGCUUCUUCUAUUCAAUUUUCCGGGGCCGAGCAGGAGUAGGGGUGGACGUGCUCUCCCUGCCCGGGGGGCCCGAAGCUAGAGGCUUCGCUCCUCUUCUGGACUUCAUGUACACUUCGCGCCUGCGCCUCUCUCCCACCACUGCACCCGCUGUCCUUGCGGCUGCCACCUACUUGCAGAUGGAACAUGUAGUUCAGGCAUGCCACCGCUUCAUCCAGGCUAGUUGUGAACCUCUAGGCAUCUCCCUGCGACCCCUGGAGGCAGAACCCCCCACACUCACAACAGCCCCUCCACCAGGCAGUCCCAGGUGCUCUGAAGGGCACCCAGACCCACCUACUGAAUCUCGAAGCUGCAAUCAAGGCCCCCCAAGUCCAGUCAGCCCAGACCCCAAGGCCUGCAACUGGAAAAAGUACAAGUUCAUCGUGCUAAACUCUCAGGCCUCCCAAGCAGGGAGCCUGAUUGGGGAGAGUAGUUCUGGUCAACCUUGCCCCCAAGCCAGACUCCCCAGUGGAGAUGAGGCCUCCAACAACAGCAGCAGUGAAGAAGGACCCAUCCCUGGUUUCCAGAACAGGCUUUCUCCAACUACUGCUGCUAGGCAGUUCAAAUGUGGAACUCCAGUCAGUGCCCCCUAUCUCUUCACAUCCCGGGUUCAAGAGACUACUGGAUCACCCUCUGAGCGGCCCUGUCCACCACCAGGAAGUGAGUUUUUCGGCUGCCAGAACUGUGAGGCUGUGGCCGGGUGCUCUUCGGGGCUGGACCCCUUGGCUCCCAGGGACGAGGACAAACCCUAUAAGUGUCAGCUCUGCCGGUCUGCCUUCCGCUACAAAGGCAACUUGGCCAGUCACCGUACUGUGCACACAGGGGAAAAGCCCUACCAUUGCUCCAUCUGUGGAGCCCGUUUUAACCGACCAGCUAACCUGAAAACGCACAGCCGCAUCCAUUCGGGAGAGAAACCUUACAAGUGUGAGACUUGCGGUUCGCGCUUUGUACAGGUGGCGCACCUGCGCGCCCACGUGCUGAUCCACACCGGAGAGAAGCCCUAUCCUUGUCCCACCUGCGGAACUCGCUUCCGCCACCUACAGACCCUCAAGAGUCACGUUCGCAUCCACACGGGAGAGAAGCCUUACCAUUGCGACCCAUGCGGCCUUCAUUUCCGGCACAAGAGUCAGCUGCGGUUGCAUCUGCGCCAGAAACACGGGGCUGCUACGAACACCAAAGUACACUACCACAUCCUGGGGGGGCCUUAGCUGAGUGCCCCAGACCCCAGUCGCUCCCCAGGGCCCAGGAAGUCCCCAAGCUUGGACCUGGCUUCCCUGUUCAUCUUGGUAUGGGGGUGUGCAAGACCACUCUAGUAUCAGAAACUGCUGCCACCUUAAUUUCUUGCUGGGGAGAGCAGGAGUGGCAGAUCCAGGCUAGAUCUGCCUCUGUUUUGCUGGUCAAAACCUCUUCCCCGCAAUCCAGAUUGUCUAACUAGAGGCUGGGGUCAGGGAGACAUUGGAGGCCUGAUGUCCUUAAGGGAAGAGCCCCCACCUGCAGUCCCCAUCUCAUUUGGUUUAUCUGUAAAUAUAAUUUAUUGCAGCCUUUGGGUAGCACCAGGGCCUUCAUUCUGUUGCAUUUCCCACUUCCCUAUUCCACAAGUGUGAUCAAAAGUGACCAGAAACA